AUGGCAAGCCUCAACCAGGAAGACAUAGACACGCUCGUCGCGGUCUCAGGCAAUCAGGUCGACAGAGAUCAAGCUGCGCAGGUGCUAAAGAUAUCGAGUAAUAAUGUCGAAACGGCGAUGAACAAGAUAUUCGACGCUCUGGAAAGACCGAACGGUAUAACGGAACUGGUCAAGCAGGGCGACACCACCUGGGACGGCACUGCCUUUGGGGGCUUAAGCGGGUAUGGUCCAUACCAGGAAGCCAAUACCAAUAACAAUCUCCCCACAUUUCAUAUUGAUGCCACAAAUGUCGACGAUCCCAACAGUGGAGGUUUCAGUGCAGCGCCCACCAGGCCACCGUCGCGAAACAGCCAGCGCCCUGGGUCCGCGAUGUCCACGCACAUGGGCGACGUACCAAUGCAGAGUUCGUUCUACUCCGAGGAUGGAUCAUGGCAUAAUAUCGAGCCACUGACUGGGUUCCCAGGCGUCGAAAGUGGUCAAGAUUCGGGCGUAGUAGGCAAUGCAGGUACCGCAGGAGUCCUCCGUCCCGCUACCCAAAACUACUAUGACAGCGCCUCGUGGGCCUUGGUUCCUGCUACGAAGAGUACUGAGUACAUUCCAGAUGCUUCUUUGCACGAUCAAAUUCGAAAAGAGAAGCCUGGCUUCAUCAAACCAACUGUGAGCGACAACCACCUACCUGCAUUGAUAACGAUGUUACAUUCUAUCCCUCUUAUUCGAAAUACGCUACUUGCCCCGGAGAUCUCGGCUGGGAAUUACUGGCGUGGCGAAGACUGGUGGAAAGGCAACGCCUCUGCCUCUUCCAUUAUUGUGAGUGACGAUAUCGGGUCCGAAGCUGGUUCAGAAUUGGAGCUACUGUACGAAGUUCAGCGCCUCAUGGCCUUCUUGGACUCCAGCGAAAGGACGUACGCAAGUCUUGAAUCACUUAUCCAGCUUGAUGCAUGGGCUCAACCUAGGUUCUCUUCUCCAGAUGAGCCUACGCAAAACGACCUAGUGAAGUUCCUCAUGAGAUGGAGCUCAAUGUAUCGAAACCACGCCUCAACUGCUUCGUUGAAGGGCAUACUUUGCUCUGAUGUCAACGUCAACGGCAAAGAGCAAGGGAGCCAUGUACUCGAAGUCGAGAUGGGCUCCAUUGAUACAAUUUCAACUGAACCCACGCUGUACGACUACAUUGAUGAAUUACUCUUCACAGAGUUUGGUAGUGCCCACAUCACAAAGCCAAGCAGCGUUCUCGUUUUGUCGCUUGAACCUAAAGGGUCAAAGCGCAACUGCAAGAUUCCUGCUAUUCUCUACGCGGAUAGAUACCUCGAGGAGAAUCGGCCAACAGUCGAGGCAAACUUCACUAACAAGAAGAAGUACACCGAAAUAUUAUUGACAUUGGACGCGAAAGUGGAGGACCUCAAGUAUCACACGCCACAGAAAGUUCAGUAUCCCAAAAAGAUGGAGACUUUGACGCUUCUCAAGAACAGCAUGAGGGCGUUUGAAUCAGAGACUGAGGCUAUGACGGAGAGUCUUCGGGAUGUAGCAGUUCUUGAUCAUCUCCAGUCACUAUACGCGAAGGUUGAAAGGCAGCUGUCCGAAUUAGAAGAGCAAAAGAAGAAAGCGAAGGAAGCCCUCGAUGGAGUCGCGGAGCUGUUUCGGGCACCACUGGAAGAAGCCAACUCGGAGACAGAUACAACAGAAUGCAACACGCAGCACAAAUUCAAUCACCCAUACAGGCUCUGUGGAGUUGCGAAGUCCAAGACCGAGUACUAUAUUUGCCAUCCGGUAAAGGAGCCCGGACACUUGGAAAAAGAUCACGCAUGGUGGCAUAUCAAAUAUGAUGUACCAAACUCAAGCUCCGGCUCCGAAGAACCUGCCUCCAUAAUACGAGAUUGGAAAGACAUCACCGAUGUGCUCGAAGACGUGAGCACGAUCAGCGAAAGCACUGUCCUCGUGUAUGCAAACGACGCCGCCUUCUUGCCCUCACUCACAUCACUAUCCCCGAAACUGGAGACAUUCGUCAAGAAGGAUAACCUGAAUUUCCAGCAAAAAGUAGCGACGGCGGAGGCGGCUUGGCUUAAUCAGGGGCAGAACGAAGCGAGUCAGAAAGACUGGUUCGAAGGAGGUGACGGCUGGGACAAUGACGAGAUUGCUAAGCAAGGUUACCAGAAGGACACGUUCGGAUCCACACUAUCGAGUAAGACUCUCACACCGGACACCGACCCCAAUCCACCCGCGUACCACGACGAAGACGAUGUAGUCAACAUUACGCUCUCGCCGGAACACGAAUCCGAACAGCCGAUGGAGAUGCAGGAGAUCAACGGUGGAAUAUCGGCAUGGGCGGGCGCUAGUAAUGCCUCGAGUGAGACGGUCGGGUUGGAGCCGAUGUCUGAUAUUGUGCCGAGUGACGGGAGGCAGAGCAGGGCUAAGAACCGUGCAGAGGAUGUGCUGAUGGAGGAUGCGGAGACGGAUGAGGAGGGGAAGACAGAGCAUAUCGAGGUUCUCAAGAAGAAAGGGGGUUAG